AUGGAGAAAUCAUUCGCAAACUUGUGAACUAUCAGCAACUAGCAAUAUGAAGUCUUUUCUUGGAGCUCUAGCCAUCCUGGCUAUCCUUUCACCCCUCACUACCGCCGCAAGUUUGGGUGAAUCGAAGCCAGAGGCCAAUGACUUUAUCCGGACCUUGAAGGACCUCCACAGAGGAAGUCCUGCCGAACCAACGAUGACACGGGCCAAUGUUGAGGAACGCUGGAUCACCCAGUGGUUGGACAACUUCGACGGAGACAACAACGCCACCUGGGAGGAUCGCAUUCUGAUCAACGAGGACUACUUUGUCGACGGGUCACCCAUCUUUAUCUAUCUGGGCGGUGAGUGGAAGAUCCAACCCGGUGACAUUACUUCCGGACUCUGGGUAGACAUCGCCAAGCAACACAAUGGUACGAUCGUCACCACCGAGCACCGAUUCUUUGGCGAAAGCCUUCCCAUAACUCCGUUUUCGACGGAGAACCUCGAAAAGUAUCAAAACGUAAAUCAAGCCCUGGCUGAUGUCAUCAACGUGAUUGAGAACCUUAAGGAAGAGGACAAGUAUAAGGACUCCAAGAUUGUUAUUCAUGGCUGCUCCUACUCUGCAUCUAUGGCUACCUGGAUCCGUAAACUGUAUCCUGAAACUAUUUUGGGAAGCUGGGCUUCCUCGGCUCCGCUCGUGGCCAAGGUAGACUUUAAGGAAUACUUCAAAGUUAUCGGCGAGUCGUACAAGGUCCUGGGGGGACAGUAUUGCUACGAUUUGAUCGACAAUGCCACAUCCUACUACGAGGAUCUGUUCGCAAAUGGAGAGGGAGACCAGGCCAAGAAGGAGCUCAACUUGUGCGACAACUUUGAUGCGGACAACAAAAGGGACCGUUGGCAGAUAUUCAGCACAAUUGCCAAUAUUUUUGCAGGAAUCGCUCAAUACCAAAACCCAGCGAAUUAUGACAUCGCCCAGUACUGCUCGGUGCUGAGGUCCUUCAGCGAUGAUGACUCUGUGGCCCUUUCUAAGUUUAUUAACUGGCGUAUUCAUGAGCACUCUGGACAGUGUAUCAGCGCAACCUUUAAAGGAACUACUGAUUAUUAUGAAUGGGCUAAGGAUAACUACCAAGACAGCAUGCUUCCCUGGUUCUUCCAGACCUGCAGCGAGUUCGGCUGGUUCCAGUCUUCCGGUAGCAGACAGCAACCUUUCGGAUCUUCCUUCCCGUCCAAGCUUUACGAGGAUACCUGCGAGACAGUCUUUGGCUCCAAAUACAACACUGCUGGAAUUCGAGCCAAUGCCAAGGCAACCAACGCCGAGUUCGGAGGACUGGACAACGACUUCACCAACGUCUACUUUGUGCAAGGUCAGAUGGACGGCUGGAGAAAGGUGGGAGCCGGUGUGGAACAAGGAGCAACCAUCAUCCCCUAUGCCUCCCACUGCCCCGAUGGCGGAUCGAUCUCCGCCAGCGAUAGUCCCGAACUGGUUGCCUCUAAGCAGAAGAUUAUAGCUCUGGUGGCUCAGUGGCUGGAGGAAGCCUAAUUAUAUAUUUACCCAUAUAUUAUAUAUCGAAAAUGAUUUAGUUUUCGUACAUUUUCCGUUUUUGGUGGUACGAAGUUACUUUUUCUUUUUUGAAUACGUUAUAGGACUGAAAGCCGUUUACAAUAUAUAAUCACAAAAACUUGGUCUCAAUAAAGAAAAUAAGAAAUAUAAA